AUGGAACAUGACAUUUGGGCAAAGCUGCCAGACGAUUUAUUGAGCGAGGUUCUUGCGCGAAUUCCUCCAUUCCUGCUAUUUAGGAUGCGGUCCGUUUGCAGACGAUGGAACUCCAUUCUUAAUGACAAUAGUUUUCUGAAGUUCCACUCUCAGGUUCCAUCCCAUGGUCCUUGCCUUCUCACCCUCUGGAGGAAUUCCCAGACCCACCAUUGCUCUGUUUUCAGUUUGCCGCUGAAGACAUGGUAUAAGAUACCUUCUGGGUUUUUGCCCCACUGGGCCUUCUUCUUAGUUGGUUCCUCAGGUGGUCUCAUUUGCCUUUCUGGAUUUGAUGGGCUUCUUUUUAGAAUCAUAGUCUGCAAUCCUCUUACGCAGGAAUGGAGAUUAUUGCCCAUGAUGCACUAUAAUCAACAACGUCAAUUGAUCCUGGUUGUUGACAGGAUGGACAGAUCGUUCAAGGUGAUUGCUGCAAGUGAUGUUUAUGAACCUCUACCCACAGAGGUCUAUGAUUCAAAGCUUGACUCCUGGUCUCUCAAUCAGAUAAUGCCUGCUGUUAGUGUCUGUUCUUCAAAGAUGGCGUUCUGUGACUCUCGGUUGUACCUGGAGACACUUUCUCCGCUUGGUAUGAUGAUGUAUCGAAUAGAUACCGGAUGCUGGGAGCACAUACCUGCCAAAUUUCCUCGAUCUCUGUUGGAUGGUUACUUGGUUGCUGGUUCUCACAAGCGAUUGUUCUUGGUGGGGAGGAUUGGGCUGUACAGUACCUUGCAGAGCAUGAGAAUUUGGGAGUUGGAUCACGUCAGAACAGUGUGGGUAGAGAUAAAUAGGAUGCCUCCGAAAUAUUUUAGGGCACUGCUGAGGCUGUCUGCUGAAAGAUUUGAGUGUUUUGGUCAGGAUAACUUGAUAUGCUUUACCACAUGGAACCAAGGGAGGGGGCUCCUGUAUGACGUUGAGAAGAAAGCAUGGUCAUGGAUAGCUGGCUGUGCUCUGCAGUUAUGCAGCAGUCAGAUUUGCUUUUAUGAACCCAGAUUUGAUUCAUCCAUCUACUGA